GCAGCCGUGAAGCAGCCUUCGUCUACGCCAUUUCCUCGGCAGGAGUGGUGUAUGCGCUCACUCGAGCCUGCAGCCAGGGGGAGCUGAAGACGUGCAACUGUGACCCACACAAACGAGGACGAGCUAGCGACGAGAGAGGAGAGUUUGACUGGGGUGGCUGUAGUGACAACAUCAACUACGGCAUAAAGUUCGCAAAGGCCUUCAUAGAUGCCAAAGAAAGAACUGUCCGUGACGCCCGGGCACUCAUGAACCUGCACAACAACCGCUGCGGCAGAACAGCAGUGAAGCGUUUCAUGAAGCUGGAAUGUAAAUGUCACGGAGUGAGCGGCUCUUGCACGUUGCGGACAUGUUGGAUGGCCAUGUCCGACUUCAGGAAGACCGGCGACUACCUGCGCAGGAAAUACAACGGGGCCAUUGAGGUGACGAUGAAUCAGGACGGGACGGGUUUCGCUGUAGCCAACAAAGCCUUUAGAAAGGCCACCAAAAACGACCUGGUCUACUUUGAGAACUCUCCGGAUUAUUGCCUGCAGGACAAAGCAGCAGGUUCCUUGGGCACAGCCGGACGGGUCUGCAACAAGACAUCACGUGGCACGGACGGCUGUGAGGUCAUGUGCUGCGGGCGCGGCUACGACACCACGCGAGUCAAGCAAAUCACAAAGUGCGAGUGCAAGUUCAAAUGGUGCUGCGCGGUGGAGUGUAAGGACUGUGAGGAAGCUGUGGACAUACACACAUGCAAGGCCCCCAAACGAGCAGAAUGGUUGGACCAGACCUGAGGACGAAGCCCCUCCUGCUCCCCGCAAUGCAACCCCACCCCUUUCCCCCCUCGCAGGACAUCCUGUGAAACAUGGCAUUCUGGGAAAGUUUAUCCAAAAGUGCUCUGCAUCUCCGCCCUCCCGUUCCCCCCCCCACCUCGACUCAUUGCAUGGCUUUUCUACCUGUCUCUGUGAAAGCACUAGAAUUCAGUACCCAUCAAUAUGAAUUACUACCAAUUAGCUCCUGUUUGUGAGCGGCCCUGUGACUGAACUGCUGGGAUCAGACGAACAGUGACACCAGUGACACCACUCUGGGGUUUGAGGUGGAUUCAGCUUUUAUCAAAGAUUCAGUCCAGACGGCCUUUUUCUAGCGCGUGGUUGUGGGUUAAAAAUGGUUUGCUGCUUUCAUGAUGCUUAAAAGACAAGUUUUUACAUUAACUGAGCCUUCAAACAUAUCCAGUAUUAUUACAACAACAUCAUAUACUCACAUAAUUUUGUUUCAUUUUUUGGGGGGAAAUACACUUUUAUCUACCAAAACGAAUACAUGGUUGGACUUUGGGAAGGAGCUUGGUAAGUGCAAUUUGAGAAGUGGACAUCUAAGCAUAAGUUUGGCUGUGUGCAGCCAAACAGUCCUGGCAGAGGACUAUCAGAGGAAAGGGAGAUGGACACCAGAUGAAUAAAUGGACGGAUGCGUCAUUGGAACUUUGAAUAUAACUGUAAAAAAAAACAAAAAAAACAAAAAAAAACAAAAAAGGAAAGCUGUUUAAAGUGAUUUAUUUAAAUUGUAAAGUGUUGUUUCAUUUCUCAUCUGUGGAUGAGACUGCACUACAUUGGCUGACACGAGGAGAGAGAAGAGCACUCCCAUUACUGUGAUUUUAUUCUAGUUUUCAGUGUGUAAGACGACGAACUGCUGCUGAGAAGACGACAAAAGAAAACUAAGGCCUUGAUGGUCAUCUAGUCAAACAUAACCACGACAUCCGACAGGUUUCACUUCUCUGCUCUCCAGCUUGCUUGUAUAACAUUGUGUAUAUUGCCUUAUCUAAACAGAUGUUCAUAUGAAAUAUAUGGUGCAUUAGUAUGACA